UAACAUAAGUGGCGUAAAGAUGUCCAUCAUGUGCAACCCUUUGAAACUUUAAAGUAAAAGACAUCACGCGGCCACCACAAUAAUUGAGCCCACUGUUUCAACACGUACGGUUCAGCCACCUUAUCCUACGCACCCUCAUCACAUCCCAGCGCACGUUAGCCAUACCCCUUAGUAACCCCUUUACCUUUUUUGUCCCCACUAACCUCACCCGCCACGUCAUCUUUCCGUCUUCUUCCGUCAAUCCCCCUUUAUCGCUACCACCAACACCCCUCAACAAACUCUCUCUCUCUCCUCUCUCUCUCUCUAGAAUUCUAGGGUUUUCUCGCUCUUCUUCUUCUUUAGUUCUUCUCCUUUAUGCAUUAAUCGUUGUUGCAGAUUGUUACCGAUUCGAGUAUGAGCUCGGUUUCGAUCUCCGAUCCCGGUGAGUUAAGUGAGCCGGAGCAACCGAGUUUCGAUGAGUUUCAACGGCAGACGUCACUCAUGACGAGCUGCACUCUUCUCUGGAAAGAGCUCUCAGAUCACUUCACUUCUCUUGAAGAAACUCUGCUGAAGAAAACAGACGCAAUCAAGGACAAAAUCGAAACCCUAGACACCGAGACGAAAGCCUCUCUCGUUUCUCUCGAAGAGCGCGAGACUACGAUCGAAAACUCCGUCGCUAUCGCCCUUCAGAAAGUCGAAGCCGCCGUAAAAGCCGCCGCAGCCGCCGCCGGAGCAGUAAGUUGUGAUGAGAAAGAGGAUAAUCCUGAUGUUGAUGAUUCGGAAGGCUUGUUGAUGAAAUUGAAGUCGUAUUGUGUACGGAUGGAUUCGGUAGGGUUUGGGGCGUUUGUGUGCAGCAGGAAGAAGGAAAUUGAGUCGAUGCGUGAGAAUAUUCCGGUGGCGUUAGCGGAGUGUGCAGAUCCGGCGAGGUUUGUGUUGGAGGCGAUAUCGGAGGUGUUUCCGGUGGAUAAACGGAAGGUUUGUAUGACGGAUUUAAGCUGGGCGUGUGUUUUGGUGCUGGAGAGUUUGAUUCCGGUGAUGGUGGAUCCGAUAUUGGGGGAGUCUAGGGUUUUGGUGACGCCGAGUGUGAAGAAGAGUGCUAAGGAGAUUGCUGAGAAGUGGAAGGAGAGUUUGGAGGAGCGCGGUGGGAUUGAGAAUGUGACACCGCCUGAUGUUCAUACGUUUUUUCAGCAUUUGUUGACGUUUGGAAUUGUCAAGGAGGAAGAUCUUGAGUUUUAUAGGAAGCUUGUUAUUGGUUCGGCUUGGCGGAAACAGAUGCCUAAGCUUGCUCUUGCCCUAGGUCUUGCUGAUCAAAUGCCUGAUAUGAUUGAAGAGUUGAUUAGCAGGGGACAGCAGGUUGAUGCUGUGCAUUUCAUUCAUGAAGUUGGUCUUGUGGACAGGUUCCCACCUGUUAGUUUGCUGAAAUCUUUCCUAAAGGAUGCUAAAAAGGCGGCGACGGCUAUUCUUGAAGAUUCCAACCAUUCAAGCCGUGCUGUGCAUUUGGCUGCACGCAAAGAGCAGUCUGCGCUUAAAGCUGUGAUCAAGUGCAUUGAAGAAUACAAACUUGAAGGCGAGUUCCCUCCGGAGAAUCUGAAGAAACGACUGGAGCAGCUGGAGAAGGUGAAGGUGGAGAAGAAGAGGCCAGCUGCAGCAGGUCCGGCAAACAAAAGAACCCGAGUCAGCAAUGUGGGACCCAUGCCACCUGCAAAGGCAGGCCGUAUCACAAACGCGUAUGUUUCCUCAUUCCCAGCACCUCCAGCGUUUGUUAGGUCACCAUCGCACACGCAAUACCCUGCGGGUUACUCUUUCCCAUCCCCAGUGUAUGGCCAUGGAAGCAGGAGUCCACCAACCAACCCUUACGCCGCCCCCUACUCACCUGAAGCUACUGCGCCGCCUCUAUCUCCUCCACUAUCAUACCCGGGGACUCCUCCAAUGAACUACCCUACGGCUUAUGGCGGGUAUGGAAAUGGUAUGCCGCCAGCUUACCAGCAAGCUUACUACCGAUAGACACGACAACGACUCGAGGUUGACUGCUAGCUAAUCUUUCAUAAUGCAAUUCCUUUCUUUCUAAUAUGGUUUGUAAUCACUAACCUUUUAUUGGUAGGUGAUGUGUGUGUUAAUCCUUCUUAUCUGACCUAAACAUUUGUAUGUUUUUCUAAACUUGAUUAGUAUUAGUCUUUAAUGAUGUUUGGGUUUAGGA